CUUAACAUUUUGGAAAAGUAAACCAAUCCAUCGUCCUUCUUCUAGAGAAAAAAGAAAUGUCAAACGUCCAAAUAUUGGUUUUGGUCACUUUGGCUCUAAUUAUAGUCCUAACAAAAGCAGAAAAAAUCCAAUUCCAAUGUGAUGAUUUGAUACCGCGAAUGAGUUCUUGCCAUGGAUUUUUGCUAAGCCAAAGUGCAACACCAAACCAAGAGUGUUGUGCUGGAGUGCAAGAUUUGGCUAGAGUUGCUGUUGCCUCCCAGGCAGGUCGACAAGCAAUUUGUGAAUGCUUCAAAACUUCUACGUUGCCAAUUUUCCUCCAACCAUUCAGCAAACAGACCAACUUCAUCUCUUUUGCAACGUUACUAGCACUAUGCCAAAUUAUCCCGACAUUGAUUGCUCCAAGGUUUGAAAGAAGAAGAAAACCAUCCAAAGCAAUCAUCCGGAGGCAAUUUGGGACGAAGGUGCGCGAAUUGAAGCGAAAAGGGAAGAAAAGGGAAAAAGUCACAAAGUAGCGCCACAAGCAGCGUGGGGCGCUACCUGUGGCACACAAAACAGAACCUCCAGAUUUCCAGCGCCAGGGCACGCUAGCCCUGGGCACUGGUGACGUGAAGUUGUAAUAUUUCGCCCGGGACUUAGUUAUUUCGACCCCAAGACGCCCCCAACUCGUAAAAAGCAAACCUAAACCUAUUUUGGCAAGAGAGUCGCGACUUUGAGAGAGGAACAAAAGUACGAAACACUCGGGAGCACGGAGUUCAUCAAUUCUUCCAUUCUUCUUCUAGUAUUCAUAGCUUUUAUGUUUGAAAACACUAUUUUGAUAAUUGUUAUGAACAUGAGUGGCUAAGAACCUUAUUAUUCUAGGGUUAUUGGUCGUUCUUGACUAUUGUAAAUUGAUGGUUUGCUUGAUUUUAUCAUAUUAAUUUGUUUAUUCAA